AUGGCCAACAAUAACUUUGAUAACGCCGAACCGAACGGCCCCCGGGCUACUCAAGCAAUUCUCGAUGCAAUCGCAGAUCUUAGGGCCGACUUGACAACCCAAAUGACCCGGUUGAGAUACAAGAUUGCCCAACUACAAUUGCCCAGAUUCUCCGACUAUCCGGGGCCGAGGCAAUCUGUAUCCUGCAGGCGCUGCAAGUGCCAGUGCACCAAUUCACUCUCACCCGAUAGCCGACACCACAACGCUAUCGUCGUCCGCGAUCCAUCGUCGCAGCGUCUCGAGAUCAGGGGUCUUCAGCUGCACGAAUGCCCGACCUGCCAUCAACCCCUCCGCUCGAACUCCCCGGAUAGACACUACGAUAACACCCACCAUGGCGACAAUUUCGUCGAUCCCAAUUAUUUCCGCAUGCUGCGCGCAGGACACAACACAAACAAUUCGUCUUCGUCCCAGUCACCCCCGAGUCCAAUCCGCCGCCUCGUCCAACCCCUUCCCGCUGUGGUCCAUGACGAACAUGAAGGCGACGUCGAGUUUGUCAGCAGCUCGCCUGCCCCGCAAAGCGGCGGUCGCAUAAAACGGGAGGCAUUCAGCCCACAUUACUUCAACACCUUCUUCAUUGAAGAGAGGGAACUUGGCAGAGGAGGCAAGGGUGUCGUGCUGUUGGUGCGGCACGAAAUCGAUGGCUGCAACCUCGGGCACUUCGCUUGCAAGCGUGUUCCGGUCGGGGACGAUCACGCCUGGUUGGAGAAGGUGCUCGUCGAGGUUGAGCUGCUCGCCAACCUGGCACAUCCCAAUCUGGUGUCCUACCGCCACGUCUGGCUUGAAGACGUCCAGCUCACUCGUUUCGGCCCGAGCGUGGCCUGCGCCUUUAUCCUGCAGCAAUAUUGCAACGGGGGCGAUUUGCUGCAGUACGUCAUUGGUGACAAGCCGAGAGAGGCGACGAAGGAGGAGCUCAAGGCCCAAAUGCGACGCCGGUCCAGGGGGCAGACAGAACGUCCCCAGGUCCAAAAGCGACUGGCCCCGGAAGAGAUUUACUCGCUCUUUAAAGAUAUAACGUCUGGCCUAUCCUAUCUCCACGCGGCCAACUACAUCCAUCGAGACUUGAAGCCAAGCAACUGUCUUCUGCACCAGGAUGGUAACCAGCUGAAAUGCCUGAUCAGCGAUUUUGGCGAAGUGCAACCAGAGAAUGCGGUCCGCAAAUCAACAGGGUCAACAGGGACCAUUUCUUACUGCGCACCGGAAGUACUGAAAAGGGACGCCAGCGGCAGAUACGGCAACUUCACCACCAAGUCGGACGUCUUUUCCUUGGGCAUGAUCCUGUAUUUCAUGUGUUUCGGACGUCUUCCGUAUGCCAAUGCCAACAGCGUUCAAGAGGAGCUGGAGGACGUCGACCAGCUGCGCGCCGAGAUAUCCCAUUGGAAAGGGUUUCAGGACGAGAGGAAAGCUCGACCGGAUUUGCCGUCAAAGUUAUACCAGCUGCUCUCGAGACUUCUGGCCGUAAAUCCUGCGGACCGGCCGGCUGCCAGUGAAAUCAUGGGGGCCAUGGGAGGAGAGUAUAGCUUCGACAGUAUGAUGAGGGGUUCUAGAAACACCAGCCCACUACUCGGCCUAAGCGGACAAAGAGUCCAGAACUUAGACUCUCCCAUGCCUCCCAGUACCCCCGUUCCAGGUUUGCCUCCCCCACCACCGCACUCACAGCAGUCCACUCACCGAACUAAACCCCCAGACCCCACCAAACACGCCCGCGUCAGUAGCGCCGCCGACGAAGACCUCCCGAGCCCCUUCAGCCGCGCCGCUCCCGAAGCCUCCUCCACUCAGCCCUCAGCCACCAGCAAUCUCCUCGCGCGACGUCUCACACUCUCUUCCACCGCAAGCUCCCACCGCCCUCGCAACCCAGCCUCCUCCCACGCCAUGACCCUCUCCCGCAGCAACCACGGCCACAGCAGCAACAACAGCCCCAGCCGCACCCACAGCCCGGUCGCGCGACGCACCCCGUCCCGUUCCCCCCAGCGCACCCCCAAUGUCGUCGGAUCAUCCGCCAUCAGCCCCGCCACCAUCGCCACCCCCCUUGCUCAUGGCCCCGCCCAUGACCCGGACUGCCAGCGUGAGGUUGAGUGCCGUCCUGGCCGUUCUGCGCGCCCGCCGCUGGGCUGA